AUGAAUUAUUCAAAACACUUCCAAGUGAUUGAUCUUAAAAUCUCAUACGAAUUAAAGAGCCAAACGGAACCGAUGACAGCGUUCAGUUUGGCGGUGGUUUACUUGAGUUACGCCCUGUUGGUCACUCUACUAUUGCUGUUGAUGUACCUCAUCGGGCGUGAUAUGUGCGGCCCAACCAAUGUCUACAAACCUGUGCGGGAGGACAGGGCGGCCGAACCCGGACCGGGCCUCCGGGGCAUAAGCGUCAUACUGCCUGACAUUGUAUGA